UACCUUUAAUUUGAUGUACACAUUUUAUUGAAUUCUGCUGUUGAUAGGCCCGUCAGAAUGGGUACUUGUACGUCAGUACCGGAAAAGUAUGCGAAGGAAGUGGCGUACGUCACGUAGAGAUACGCCACAUUGAGGUAUUGCGUUUGUAAACAAAAAUCAGCUGUUCUUUAUUACCGCCAAAUUUUUCGCUGCGAAUAAAUCUAAAAAUUUAUAUUUGUUAUUAUCAAAAUAAUAAAUUAACUUUGAAAAUGGAAGCUUUUGAAGUAAUUUUAAUUACAUUAAUAUUGUUGGAAGCCAUGGAGUGCUUCAAACGUUUGUAUGGCAAUCGGAGAUGGUGGGUACGACCAGCUCUACGAGAUCGUGAAGCAAAUGGUUUCUUUGCCACGCACUUUUCCUUCCCACAGGAGUUUAAAAAUACUGUUAGGAUGUAGAAGAAAGUAUUCGACCUGCUCCUUAAUUUGAUCCGAGAAAAACUUACUAAAAACUCGAAUCGACCGUCUAUUUCUCCCGAAUGCCGGCUUUAUUUGGCCCUGUGGUAAGUUGUAUAUUGCUCACAUCUCACACAUAGUAAAAAUAUAAGUAAUAAUGUGGGUUUAAUUUAUUCUUAGUUAUUUGGCUCAUGGUGGAGGUAAGCCUUUUUACGCCUCUUCAUUCAAGGUCGGACUCUCCACAAUGAAGGAAAUAGUUGGAGAAACGUGCGACGCACUGUGGGAAGUGCUUGGUCCCGUGUAUGUCUCAUUACCACAGAAUGAUGAGUGGAAACGAAUUGCCAUUGAUUUUUAUACAAUGUGGGAUUUGCCGAACUGCGUCGGGGCAAUUGACGGCAAACAUAUAAACGUAUUUUGUCCGUCAAACUCUGGCUCUCUCUUCUACAACUACAAGGGAAAUUAUUCCAUAGUUUUACUUGCAGUAUGCGACGCCAAUUAUACAUUUACUGGAAUCGAUAUUGGCGCUUACGGUUCCCAAAGCGAUGGCGGUGUCCUAUGGAAUUCGGGCUUCGGCGAAAACCUUUACGGCGGUACUCUGGAUCUGCCUGAAAAUGAUGUUCUACCAGGUACAAACAAUUGUUUUCCCCAUUACUUUGUUGGCGAUAGUGCGUUUCCGUUGAAACCAUUUUUGAUGAGACCGUAUCCAGGAACAAACUUACCACCAGACAGGCAAAUUUUUAACCAACGAUUGUCCCGGGCUCGUCGGGUCAUCGAAAACGCGUUUGGAAUUUUGGCGUGCCGGUGGAGAAUAUUAUUAAGUCCACUACAAAUGAGCCCCGCUUCUGCCGAGAAGAUCGUGAAGGCCACUGUCGUGUUGCACAACUAUGUAAAAAUGCACGAUGGUAGCUAUUGUCCCCCUGAAGCAAUUGAUCAAGAAAUCAAUGGCGAAGUGAGAAGGGGCUUAUGGCGAAAUGAAAUUCCUGCCCCCUUACAGAAUACUAGGCGCAUGGGCUCAAACAACGCUUCCUACAAUGCUUUUAAAUUGAGGGAUGAAUUAAAAGAUUAUUUAGUAUCUCACCCCCGAAGAACUCAGUAAAGAAGAGUACAUGCAAGUACAUGUAGUGCAAAUAAUUAAAAUAAAUAAUUACUUUUAAUUCUAUAAUUCUGAAAGAUAUUUUAAUUCUCUAUUUUUGAUAUUAACUAAUUCAAAAGGUGAAGUAAUAACGAAGUUAUUAGUCAAACUAAAAAGUUCACGUUCACGCUCGCAAUGAGCUGUAUAGCGGGCUUAAAAAUAUUAACUAUCAAACAGUGGCCGAAAAUAUUAUGGCCGCACCACGUAUUGACAAGUUUUCACAUUUUUGUUACUUAA